CUUAUUUAUUUGUAAAAUGGACACGGUUUCCUAAUCACGUUUAGCUUUGCGCGCGAGGCGACAGUACGAGUAACAGAGGGCGAUGUGGUGCAAUGGUUAAUCAAAUAUGGCGAUUGGCGAAUGGCGAUGCAUAAUCAUGAGAAUAACUGAUUAGAGUGGUUGUUUUUGAUCUAAGGAUAAGAAUAUUAAUUAUCAGUGUUUAUUUUUUGAUGACAAGUCUACCUCGCGCCGUAUGAAUAAUACUUUAAGCUAUAGAAUAAGAGUUUUUUUUAUUAAUCUUGGAAUCAUUUAUGCGGUUCCAAAAUGUCAACGUUCCAAAAUAAAACCGACAAGCUACUUCAGGUUUUACAAUUAUUCUUGCAACCGGAUUUUACAAUCUCUACAACUACAUACUUAGAUUUACUAUUGACACAUCUUACAAAGGAAAUCAAGAAAGGUAAUCAAGAAGUAUCUCAAAUUUUACAAACGUGGUUGGUUACUGCUUUUAAUACAUGGAAUGACAAGUUUAAACCAUGUCAAAGUUUAAUUACUUUUACCAUAAAAUUGAUUGCUACAUUGUCUGAAAGUGAAUCAAUUUUCUUUCAUCUCCAUCAAAAUGAAAUCCUUCAUAAAGCCAGCGAGCUGCUUGAAUUUAAAAAGCAGACUUUGCCAGCUUCAAUUAAAAUGGCAUUUACAGAAAUGUGUGUAAAAUUGGUUGAACACCCAACUGGUAGACGAUGGAUUGUGCAUACAGAAGCUUGGAAAAUCAUAUUGAGUUGUGCACAAGCAAAUUGCACAAUGUACGUGAAUAAAGAGAGUCAGAAGUUUUUGUCAAUAUUAUUGAUCAAAGAAAGUUACAAUCAAGCUCUAUGUCAAGAAAUCAUUUUAGCAAUUACACAGCCAUUGGUUGAAAUGACUCAUAAUCCUCAAGAAAGUAAUUCACAGUUUACUUUAAAUAAACAAAUGCUUUCGGAUCAACAUAAUCUUUUGUUAUCAACAUUGGAGUUAUUAUAUGCAAUAUUAGAAUAUGCAGUGUUUAUUGAUUUAGAAAAUCCUAUUCCUGAUAUGUUUGAAGAUUUUAUUGGAUUAGAUAAUCGUAUAAAAAUUUUAUUUGAAGUAACGAUCAGUACCCCAUUUGUCAAAAUUUUGGAGAAAUUAGCAGUAUUAUGUGCCUACUCCAACUUGCGAAAAUCAAUUAAAUCUGAUUCUGAGCCAGGUUCUCUUGACGAAAAAAAAUUUGAAGGAUUUUGUUCCACAUUGUGUUACGUAUCAAACUUGCUCAUGUCCAAAAAAUUUAUAUUAGAUCUGGCUCUUACAAAAAAACAAGGAAUGAUUUUUUGGCAUAAACUCAAUAAAUUAAAAAAAGUAGCAGCUCCUCAUCCUUACAAAUUUGAAAUCCAGGCUUUAACUUUAUUGAUCCUACCUUUAUGUGUGACUGUCAAGCCCAAACAUAUGAAAGAACAUUGUUUGUUUGAGGAUUACAUUGAUAAACUGUUUACUCUAACAUGCCAACCAAUUCAGCGUAUUGCUUACACUAUGAGAGAUAUAUUAUUCAAAAAUGAUUUUCCCAUGGAAUACAUAUGUAAAUCAGUUGUUGAAUACUUGUUGGAAAUUGUGGAAAUAUUAGACAGAGAUGCUGCAGUGAUAUGUUUUCAAACGAUGUGCUAUUCGCUUAAAAAUUUUGUUGCUGAAAGUACUAUAAAUAUAAAAGGUGAUAAGCGUGAUGAUGCUGACGAAACAGCCACUAGUCCGAAAAAUAGUUACCUCAAGAAAAAAAUGGAAAUAAAAUAUUUUCUUGAUGGAGAUCCAAUUAAUGAUAAACCACUUUUAUUAGCGGCAUUAUUGGAAGGCAUGAAUGUAUUUACUGAAAAAUUCAAACUUAAGUGGCAAGAGUGUGUAGAAACCAUUUGUGUUUUGUCAAUUGCUCAAGAUAUUCUUAACCAUCCAGGUGUUAAUGCAAAGAUAUGUAUAUUAGCUUUGAAAACUUGUAAAUUGGCAAUUGCAAAUUUUAUGCCACCAAAUCUCGUUUUACUGUCCGAAUUUGACGAACAAACAAAUGAAAUUGGUGCCACGCUGUUUAAAAGAAUACACGAUACCAAUUGGGAAGUGCAAGACAGUGUAUUCGAAGUUCUUAUUACAGUUACUGAUCUAUGUGAAAAUAAAUAUCCACCAUAUCAGAAGAUGCUGUUAGAAAAUCAAUUUUUCCAAGUUGCUGCUGAAUUAGCAAGGGCCGAAAAUGAAAGUUACGUCAGAGCUUCAGCUCUUAAGUUUAUUUCUGCGGCUGUUAAAAUAAAUGCACUGUGGGAAAAACAAUUAUGUCAAUUAAACCUAACGGAUCUUGCCAUGAAAAUAGUUUAUAAGGAAAAUGAAGCGGUCGUUAGAAGAGAAGCUGUAGUACUCAUAAAUAAGCUUUACAAAUACAGAUCUUGGCAAAAACCAGUUAUUUCUGCAAUGAUCCAAGCAAUGACAGCUGCGGCCGUUUUAGAUCUGGAUUGGGAAGUGAAGAUUAAUGCUUUAGAAUUCUGGAGGCAUUUCAUUAAGUCGCAUCUAACUGAUCAAGGAAUGUUAGACGGACAGUUUCCCAGUGUUACUUUCUCCAAAGAACAUAAAAAAAUUGUGUCACUUGACGAAUGUAAAAUUAAACAGAGGCUUAAUAAAGUUCUUGACGAAUUAGCUCGGCAACGUUGUCUUGGGGUAUUAUUAGUAUCAUUGAAAGACGAAAGCGAUUUGGAAGUAGCCAAAACCUCAGCCAAUAUUAUCGCAGAUUUACGAAAAAUCCUGCUCUGUUACAAAAUUAACGAGCCCACCCCAGAGCCUCCUUCACCAAAAGAUAGUGCAACAAUCGAUACGAAUUAUAUAAAAAGACCAUCAUUGGACAGCUCAUCAAACAAAGACAAGUCGCACAACGUGUUCCACGUGAUCGAUGAGAUCGUCGAUGCAAGUGACGAGAAACUUUUAGCCUCCAUUUACCGUGAAUCAAUGCGCAUGGAUGGUGACGAAACUGACCGUACUAAGAAAGACAAUUUCGAGUUUGUAGGCAAAGUGCAAAGCCAGGAGUUUUUAAGAGAAAUUCUAAGUUUUGACCUCGAUGGCUACAUUAAGCAAAGGACUGAAUGGCUGCAAAACUACACAACUUGUUUCGAUUCCGUCAUGGAUGACAUUCUCAUGAUUGUUAAGGGAGAUGUCAAUAUGAUGGAUUGUUAUUAAAGCAUUUUUUUACUCUGCACGCCAAUAGUAUUUUUUCAAUUCAAGAUUAAUUAAUUACAGACAGCAGAAUUCAUAUCUUUUAUAUUUUUUUUUAUACAAUGACCGUGCCUUAUUCAAUAAUCAAAGUACACUUUUACUUAGGUGCUAAAUGAAGCGGAAUUUGUUAUAUGAUUUCAAUGAGUAAAGUAAACAAAAAAGAAUAAGUUGUAAGAAUAGUAAAAUGAGUUUUGUAUAUAAUAUAUUUUUAUAGUAUUUUGAAAAUUUGAUUACAUUACUAAAUAAGUCUAAAAUAUUAAUUUUUUAAUACUUUUUUUAAUGUAUAUGUAAUACAAAAUAUUAUGAUUUUGUUGAAUAUAUAAAAAGUUAUUAUUCAUUAUUUAAAUCAAAUGCC